AUGGAGUAUCUGAUCCGGCUCGCUCAGGCCCACGAGUCCUUCCGACUGCCGGAACUUCGAGCGCUGGCGACUCGGGCAGACGUCGACCUCGAGAUUAUUUCUUACAAUGAUUUUUCGCCCUACUGUGUUGUAAAACUGCAAGAUGAAACCGCAGCACGCGCAUUGAUUUCGCGCAGUAUCUUAGGCAAAGACAUCCUCGAGCUGUGGGGCCAAGGCGUCAACUAUGAAGAACUGCACGCAGAUGUCAAGCGACGAACACAGCAUCGCUGGGACGACUACCAGACAGUGCCAUUUGCAUUCGCAGUGGAAUCCUUUGCUGGGAAACGCAGCCAAACCACCAAGCGGGAGAUCAUCAAGUCGUUCUCCUACAUGGCCUUCAAAGGCCCGAUCCGGCUCAAGAACCCGGACGAGCAGUUCUGCGUGAUGGAAGAGUACGUCGCAGACAGAGAGAUUUCCGCGCGGGGAGGCGAGGUAUCCACAGAGCCGCGGAGAAUCUAUCUCGGACGCUGGAUUGCCGACAGUAGUCGGGCAAUCAUGCCCACGUACGAUCUGAAGAAGCGGCGCUACAUCAGCACGACCUCCAUGGACGCGGAGCUGAGUCUGGUCACGGCCAACAUGGCGCUGGCUGCGCCCGGGAAAGUCUUCUUUGAUCCGUUUGUCGGCACGGGCAGUUUCUUGGUGGCGGCGGCGCAUUUCGGCGCUCUGACUUUCGGCGCCGAUAUCGAUCCUCGUGGUUUCCGUGGCAGGGAUAUGGAGGGCGUAAACAAGAUGGGCCUGGUCCAGAACUACCAGCAGUAUGGGUUGACCAGCAAGUUUCUGGAUGCGUUUACUUCGGACCUGACCAAUACGCCAUUGCGCAAUAUUCCGUUCCUCGAUGGUAUUGUCUGUGAUCCGCCCUAUGGGGUCCGCGAGGGCCUUCGGGUUCUGGGGGCCCGUGAUGGAAAAGGCAAAGAGCCGGUAAUUAUUGACGGGGUUCCUGCUCACUAUCGGCCUGGAUAUAUCCCCCCGAAACGGCCGUACGGGUUCGAAGCCUUGCAGAAAGAUGUUCUUGACUUUGCCGUCAGAACCCUGGUCCCGGGCGGCCGCCUCUCGAUGUGGAUGCCAACGGCUAGCGACGAGGAAGUCGAGUUCCCUGUCCCUAUGCACCCGAACCUGGAGGUGGUGGAUGUGUCUGUGCAGCCUUUCAGUAGCUGGUCUCGCCGACUAAUUACAUAUCGCCGUCUUCCGGAGGGCGAAGUGUCUGAUGUGAGUCUGGCCCGGCGCAAGGACGACAAGCAGGGCGUGAGGGCAGAUGAUCUGAAUGCAUUUCGACGAAAGUAUUUCGCCAGACACCGUGGCACUGCAUCUGAGCAAGACGAGAAAGAGGCACAAUGA